UUUAAGAAUGCUCUACGCACCAUACCUACGAAUUUUACGCAGCUCGAUCGCACUGCUCACAGUAAUGGCGACUGUGCUAGAGAAGCUCAGUAGUUUAUCAACAUGAAGCGAAGGAGGUGUUCUUUAUAGCAAAUUCAAGCCUUUCACGAGGUUUUCCUGAGCAGGCUACAUAACAGUAGCAUCGGCCUUCUCAAGACACUCGAAUUUUAUUUUCAUUCAACGAAAUGAUGAAGCUGAAGUCAAACCAGACUCGCACCUACGACGGAGAUGGUUUCAAGAAACGAGCCGCCUGUCUGUGCUUCAGAAGUGAGAGUGAGGAGGAGGUGUUAUUGGUGAGUAGCAGUCGGCAUCCGGACAAGUGGAUCGUCCCUGGCGGAGGAAUGGAGCCAGAGGAGGAACCCAGUGUGGCCGCAGCCCGCGAAGUCUGCGAGGAGGCUGGAGUGAAGGGGACGUUAGGACGAUUAGUAGGAAUAUUUGAGAAUCGAGACAGGAAGCACAGAACCUACGUCUACGUUCUCAUCGUCACGGAGGUUCUGGAAGACUGGGAGGACUCUGUAAAUAUUGAUUGGCAGGAUGACUGUGACUCUGACAGAAUCGUUACUACUCCCGGGAGAAAAAGGGAAUGGUUUAAGAUUGAGGAUGCCCGGCGUCUGCUGCAGUGCCACAAGCCAGUUCAGGCCUCCUACUUCGAGGCGCUGACACAGGACUGCCUGACCAGCAACGGGACGACGCUCGUCACCACCUACAACAUCAGCCAGAGCUCCCUCUCGGGUAUCAGAUAACUACUACAACAACAACAGCAACAAAACAACAACAACAACAAGCACAAUAGCAAACACACAAACCACAACAAACAACCAACAAGAAAAAUGGAGAAGCCUCCAACAUUUUCUCUACUCUACUUUUAUUUUCUGACUUUCAGUCCAGUUCCUUUCUCUUCUUCCUUCCCCUGCUCUUCCUCGUAUUCUUCUUUCUUUCUUUCCUUAUUUCUUUCUUCCUCCACCUGCUCCUGUUCUUCAUACAACUAUAGUUCUACUUCCUAUUCUGUUUUCUUUAAAAAACAAACAAACAAAAAAAAAAGAUUGAAAAAAGAGAAACAGAAAACAUACUGAGUAAAAACACCAACAGCAAAAGAAGUUUGCCUUGCCAGCCGUCGGGUGCCACAGUGAAAACGUACUGACUUCGUGCAGGACGAAGACCAUGUUAUACUUUGUAAAUGGAAUGUUCAGAAUUUUUUUCUUGCCCUUUUUUUCUUCUUACAAGUAAUUGCAUGAAAUGUUCCAUACCCCAAACCACCCACCCCCUCACCCCUUCCCAAAGCUGACCUCUUGAAUUCCCCCCUUCUCCUCCUCCCUUCACUCCCGCCUCCCCCACCCCCCAUCCCUUCAAACGCAAGGUUUGUUAAAAUGCAACUUCUGUGUUACUGUCGUGUUAUAAACUAAAAGUAGUGGUAUGAGCCUGAUGCGUGAUGAAGACUUUUCAUGGAGUCUUUUUUAAAAGCAUUUUAUGUUGUUUUUCUACCUUUGUUUGUUUAUGUUUUGUCCAGUGUCAUCUCCUGUAGAUACUGCUCUUCAUGUGUCCAAAUGAAUGAAUGGGGUUCUGGGGAAGUCCUUUUUUCAGUCUGUCUGUCUUUUUUCUUUUUUUGUUGUUGUUGUUAUUGCAUGAGCACGGGUAUUGAAUUGUCUUACCAUAUAAAAGCAAAGUCUUAUAUUCACCGUUUGGGAAUUGGAGAGGAUAUAAGAUAAGAUUAACAUACCAUGAGUAAGUUAACUGAUCUGAAGCUCAUUGGACAUUUAUAUAGUUGAAUUGGAUGUUAUAGAGGGUCAUUUUUUGAUUGUCAUAAAAACCCUCUGUAAAUUUAUUGGUGACCAUAAUCUUAAGUCACAAUCAUCUGAUCUAUUUGCCUGGGCUGGUCGAUUCAACAUCAGUCAAUUUUUAUGUAAGGUGUCCUUCGUACAGUAUUAUUAUCAAUGAAUCAAUCACAGUGUACGCUUUUGUGUUGCAGAAGGGUGGGAAGAAAUUUUGAGCCAAUAUUUGUUUCGCUGUGAAGACUGUUUUUAGAAUCCCACACAACUAAAUUUAUGAUUGUGGUUUGGGCUGGAGCGGCGAUGUUGAGCUUGAAGUCUCCAGCUUUUUUGAGUCUUGCAUAUGUGAUUGCAUUUGGAUUCAUUGAGAUGUGAACCUCCCCAAGUGGGAAUAAUUUUAAUUUAGUAUGGCUGAAA